AUGUGCGGACAAUGCCCACUAUUAGCGGAUUAUAAUCCUCAAAAAGAGCAGGUACUCUCUCCGACCAGCAUCCCAAGACAUGAGAUGACGCGAGUCGCUGUUUAUAGAGCCGUUAGAUUCCAAUGUCCACAUAAAGUUCAUAUCUUGGGCCCAUCACAAAUAUUUGCUUGCGCUAGACAGAUGCAAGUUGAUCCCAAGAGACUGAUCCCAAACAACAACACAGCACCAGUAAUUCCAACGCCAGUUUAUAAUUUCUCUCAAACACUAUCCCGUUUCUCUCCUCGCCCCGAUGGUCUCAUCUCACGAGCGAUGGCAUCCCUCGCUCAGAUGCACAAGACAGGUCCUCACAUCAAGAAGAGGAAGUCCAGGAACCCGCUGAACGGGAAACCAUUCGCUAAGGGUGUGAUAUUAAAGACAUUGAUAAAGAAGCCAAAGAAACCGAAUUCUGCCAAUCGUAAGUGUGUGUUGGUACGACUGUCUAACGGCAAGGAAAUGGUCGCCUACAUCCCUGGGAUAGGACACAACCUUCAAGAACAUAACAUCGUGCUCGUGAGAGUUGGCAGAGUAAAGGAUUGUCCCGGCGUUAAGUUGAAGUGCGUGCGAGGAAAGUACGACUUACCACACGUCAUCAAACAGAAAGUAUGA